AUGGCAUUAUCUAAAGUGGAUAUUCCCCGCUGGGCCCAGCACUUUUUAGAAUGUGGCAUUGAAGAAUGUGAAAGAAACUGUGAAUUCUAUUGCAACCCUUGUCAUCAAAGAUUGUGCAAACAAUGCAGCGAGGAACAUCUGAAAAGUCCAGAAAACAGGAACCAUGAGGUGGUCCUUUACCAGCAACGUAGACGACAACUUCCUGUGAAGAAAUGUAAGAUCCACCCCACUAAAGAUGUGGACAUCCUCUGUGAAGAAUGCCAGAUUCCAUUAUGUUCUAAAUGUGCUACAAUGGGAGACCACGAAAGGCAUAAAUUUGUUGAUCUUGAAAUAGUCUACACAGAAAAAUAUACACUCUUCCAACAGGAAAUCUCCAAAAUUCAAGAGUACUUUCUCCCCACAUCACAAGAUUUACAGAAAGAAAUUAAAAAUGAUUCCUCACAAAUCAAACACAUCAUGGACAACAUCAGAACAUCCAUGAAGACUGAAGGUGAGACCCUGAAAAGUCUGGUUGACACAGUCAUAUCUGAGAACAUGAAGCAGUUAGACCAGAUAGAGCAUUCACUGUUAGAAGAUCUAAAAACCCAAGACAAGACCAUGGAUGAUUACAUCACUUAUCUUAAUAACCUUGCCAUAGAGCUCCACAGAUGCCUGUCCUCUACAGAAACCCAGAAAUUAAUGUCUGAGAAAAAACCAAAGAUCCGAUCCAUACCAGAGACAACAAAACCAGUCACACCAGGAUUUACUGCUGGUCAAUACAGCAAAGGUGAUGUCACCAAGUUACUUGGUAAAAUAUAUGUCCCCAGCACUAAAGCAGAAAAGAGAGAAAUAAGGCCCAUUGAAAGUGUCUACAAUACAUCAGUGAAACUUACACAUAAACAGAUGAAAGAAGACAGAAAGAAAUCUGACAAGAAACAAACAAUGUCUCUAUCAGCCUCUGUCACCAAGGUCAGGGAGUUAAAUGUACCAGAUGUUGAUAAUGUAUUCCAUGUAUCACUAGAUCAAUCAGACAGACUCUGGAUCAGUGACAUGAAUGGUAAUCUUGUCCAAACAGAUCUACAGGGGAAUGUGAUACAGAAGAUAAAAACCAGUGGUGAUCGUGGUUACCACACAGUGACACAGGGCAGGGAUCUGAUCUUUACAGACCAAUACAAGAAAGUCAUCAAUAGGAUAACACAGGAUAAUAAAAUCACUGAAUUCAUUAAAACUGGAGACUGGACACCACUCAGCAUACACUCCUCCCACAUCAACGGGGACUUACUGUUGGGGAUGAGGUAUGGGUAUGGAGAGGGUAAAGUCACCAGGUACAACAAGACAGGAAAAGAACUACAGAAUAUACAGAGGGAUAGCAAAGGAUGGGAACUGUAUAGAUAUCCACACUACAUAACAGAAAACAUCAAUGGAGAUAUCUGUACAUCAGAUAAUAAAGCAGUAGUGGUGGUGAAUAAAUCAGGACAACACAGGUUCUCCUACACAGGUCAGGGGUCAGAUUUCCGUCCCUAUGGAAUCUGUACUGAUGUCCUCGGUCACAUCCUGGUGUGUGAUUGUUUCCCUGAAUCUGUUCACCUCCUUGAUCAGGAUGGUCAGUUUUUGUUUCUAUUACUCACACAACAACAAGGGGUACACCGUCCCCGUAGUGUGUCUGUGGAUGAUGAGAACAAUCUCUAUGUGGGACAAUAUGACACCAACACACUGACAGUGUUUAAGUACAGAAUGUAUUUACAGUGAAAAAUAACAUUGCAGUUAAGUACAUAUAUUCUUUUAUACAACCAUUCUGUGUGUUUACAUGUCAUUGCACAGUAUUAUUAAACAAGUAGACAUUUUGAAUCGUGUGUAUCAGUGGUAUUCUAGAAAUAUAUUGUUUUGAGUUACACAAUAACUGAUUUUAAUAGACACUAUAGUUU